AUGCCUGUCGAACGCUCUGAAUCACGCCGUGCGUCGCGAAAGUCAACAGUCAAUGACGAAGACGUUGAAGUGAAGCGUGCUAGAGGAGAGAUCUCGUGUGCCGAGUGUAGACGAUCCCCUGUGGAUCCUGUGUUCGUAGGGGAUGCACCACCAUCUGUCCAAACGCCUGUCUGCAGGACAGGGGACGAGACGAGUCGGUUCAGAUUUGUCCUGGCGGAUACCGAACAACUGCAUCGAAAAAUUUCCGAAAUGAGUGAACGAAUACGACAGUUGGAAGAUUCCAUCGCUCUAUUCCAGGCAGGUGUCUCUAACGAAAGGCAUCCGCUUUUACGGGACGACCUCCUCACUAUCAAGUUCGGACCCGAAGUCCGCCGGACUGUAGACGAAGAGCACACGAGGGAGACGCUCGCUCAGUCGAUUGAUGCCCUCGGCACGCUGACUGUUGGUGACCAUGGAGAGACGAAGUACUACGGCCGCAUGGGCGCAUCUGAGUCGCUGUUUCUGGCAAGUACACGGGUGAAUAUCCCCCUCGAUGCCGAUAGCGAUUCUGAUGACCGUGACGACAUAUCACUACCGAAUGAGCUGAAAAAUCUGGACCUUACCUUCCCUUUAGCUAUUGUCGAGGACGGGUAUGACUCUAUCAUGGAUCAAUUAGAAGACCAGCUGCCUCCACAACCUCGGGCUUGGGCGCUUUGCGAGGCGUAUAUUGCUCACAUCACUUGGUGGCAUAGGCCCAUGAAACGCGAUGAAAUCAUUGACGACAUCCUCAUUCCUAUUUACAACUCGGUCAAGGAUGAAUCAUCACGAGGAAGAGCAGGUUACCGGCCCUCUUCGCCUGAAUCUCGCCGUUGUCCCCAUCGUCUCGCUGUCUUAUUCUUAGUUCUGGCAACAGGCGCUCUUGUGGAUCUAACCCUACCGCCGUGCAGUCCUGAGGCAGAGAAGUACUAUCGACUUGGUCGUGCCGCCUUAUCUUUGAGGUCAAUACUUGAUUCCCCUGAAAUUGAAACUGUCGAAGCGGUUGCCUUGAUGGCGGGAUACCACAGUGUUUGUACUCGGCGAUAUAGUGUAGAGAGCGCUUGGACGCUGGCCUCUACUGCUAUGAAGUUGGCACAAAGUAUUGGGCUCCAUCGUGAUAGUAGACAGUGGGAACUCAGCGAAAAGAGCGUCCAACGGCGCAGAAAUAUGUUUUGGGAGAUGUUCAUGUUUGAGACACUUCAUUGCAUAGCGUUGGGACGUCCUCCAUCUAUGACACUCUCCCAGAUUGACUGUGAGUUCCCCUGCGAUGACGAGGAGGAAGUCGCCGAGAACGGUGAUACAAUGCAAGGAUACUCCCAUUUCAAAUUAACAUUUUUUAAGGAUAUAUAUUUUCCCAUCGCAGAGGCUAUGCUUUCAGCGAAAGCUCCCAGUUAUGCGACGGUUCUUGACCUUGAUCGGAGGAUUCGGCAAAUGACGCUGCCUCCUGUAAAGCUCUAUCUUAGGCCAGACGACGACGAUUACAAUAAUCCGGCGCUUUGCAUGAAGAGUUACAUGCUAUCUCACUUCCGCUCGCUCAGUUGA